CUAUCAAAAUCCACACCGGAAAAGCACAGGAGACACCAUUUCAAACCCGUCAGCGCGACGAAGAAGGCCACAGAAAGCCAAUACGUGUCAUGCGCCACCGCCUCUGAAUCUUAUAGGAGAUGGAACAGCCCAAGGAAGAGACCAAGACAGAGAGCGAGCAGAAGGCACCGGAGUCCGUGAUGACGCAGCACCCGAGCCCAAAAUCAGAUCCGAAGAGCGGGGAUCAGCAGCAGCAGCAGAAAGAAAAUAGUGCUCCGAGUGGGGACGGGAAUUGGGCCACUUUCGUGAUGGGAUCGGAGAAUACGUCGCAAGCUGAGACUGAGAAGCGGAGUCAGGUUAAGAAUGAGGUAUUGGAAUUCGCGAACAGUACGGGAUCCGUGAGGAAAUCGGUGUCCUGGAGCCCUGAAUUGGUGUCCGAAUCUGCUGCGCCCAAUACUCAUAGCCGCAAUGUCAUUGACGAGUCCAGUUCCUACGUUUCCUUCUCACCCGCGCCUGACUCUUCAUUCUCCUUCAAAGAAACGGUAGUGUCCGUCCGGGAUACGCUGGGGAGAUGGGGAAAAAGGGUCGUAGAAGCGACUAAGAAGGCCGAAGAUCUCUCAAGAAAUACCUGGCAACACCUGAAAACAAGCCCUAGUUUCACUGACGCUGCAUUGGGAAGGAUUGCUCAAGGAACAAAGGUUUUAGCAGAAGGUGGCUAUGAGAAGAUAUUUCGACAAACUUUUGAGACAGUACCUGAGGAGCAACUCCAAAAUUCGUAUGCCUGUUACUUGUCCACAUCAGCUGGUCCAGUCAUGGGUAUUUUGUAUGUUUCUUCAGCAAAGCUAGCAUUUUGCAGUGACAACCCUCUUCCAUAUAAAUCUGAUGGGAAAAAAGAAUGGAUUUCCUACAAGAUAGUUAUCCCGUUACCUCAACUUAAAGCAGUCAAUCCUUCAGCAAACAGCGCAAAUCCUGCUGAGAAAUAUAUUCAGGUCAUUUCUAUUGAUAGUCAUGAAUUUUGGUAUAUGGGCUUUUUGAACUAUGAUGGUGCUGCUCAAUGUUUACAGGAAGCUCUGCAAACCCAAAACUUACAAUCCGUAUGAUAGUUACCCUUUUCAAUUCAAGCUUUCACUCCGUGGUACUGCUUUUGGGGCAGUAUAUGAUGUGGUGCGCAGGCCCUUAUUUGGCAGCCCGUUUUCAUGUGCAAAUCGAACUAGGUAAUCAUAGAAAGUAGUAUAUUAGAUUUUUUUUUUGUAAGGAAAGGUAGAAAAUAAAUUGUUUAAAAAUAUAUACUAGAUGGUUUCUCAUAUGGAAUCAUGUAGCUGACUGCAAUUUUGUUUGGAAUAAAGUCUUUGAUGACGAUGACAAUGAUAUUUAGAAAAUGCACAUGGAUUCUUUUUU